GACGUUUGUCGGCCGGCGAAGACACCAAUCCAUCCUGUUCGGUGUGCACUACCGUGUCGCAGUGGUUUCGCCAGUCGGUCGCUUUCAUUCGAACGAACUAGACGCGUUUUCUGUGGUCCGGUGUGUUUUGACGUGCCACUACUACGUCAAGCUGACAGCUGAGUGUUGUGAGUCAUCACUGUGUACGAUCGCGAUACUUAGUUUAGUGUUUAGCUCAAAUUGUUGAAACUUUUUGAUGGCUCUGGCGUAAAAAUUGUGUAAAUUGCAUUGCUCGUUGAUUAAGGGCAAAGUUGUGUUAGGUCGAGCAGAAGUGUAGUAGAUCUUAGUAGGCUCAGUAGGCCUAGUAUACAAAGGAUCCAUCAAUAGAUCUUAGUGUCUAUUACCCGGGGAAUUUGUUAGGAGUGCGAAGUCAUUGCUGUUGAAAAUUGAAGCUUCGAAAAUUCCCCUCCAAAGCUGCAACAUCUCACUCAAGUGGCUCUUGAACCGCUCAAUCGAGGAUCACGAAAACGAUAAGUACCAAGUACUGCUGAUAAAACCCCGUCAGCUCAAUACUCCCAAACAGUGUUGACUAUAAAUCACUGCGCUCUGCGGUGGAGCGAUAAUCCGCUGCACUUUCCAUUGCAAGUAAAAAAACACAAACCAGGCAGAAUCAACAUCGAGAAACGAGUUAAUCACACACUCCACCAGCAGCACUUCUGACACUCAUCCUCAGUUGGCGCUGCAUCGGGGGCUGCAGGUGCAGGUGCUUAUUAGUGCCGGCAGGCUCACGCGUGAAUAGUUGCAGUGGUUUUUUCUCCCCCUUCUACAUCUCACUCCUCCCCCAUAGUCCUCAAAACCAUAAUGAAUGUAAUCGAGUGAUUAAAGCGAGCGGAACGUCGGGAGCGUGAAGGUGAGUCGUGUUUUUGUGUGUAACCGGGUCAAACGGUUGUUGUGGUUAAAGCGUGCAUAUCAUUUGCGUUUGUGCCGGUGUGUGUGUCUGUGUGGUUGGCAAGUGGUUGGUGUGCAGGUUGCACAUGUAGGUGUGCACAAUUUUCAUUACGCUUUCCCCUUUGCCAGACACGUGUGUUGUGUGGUGGAGUCUAGUGUAGAACGAGUAUAGGAGCGCGUUAGGAGGGCGCAUCAUCAACAGCAGCAGCAGCAGCAGUCUAGCACCCCUGACUCAUCUCCUGGGUUUCGUCUUCCGCAGAUGCAAGCGCUGUGCCACCAAGCUAGUGACAUUUUCCUGCCCGUAGGCGUAGUCGGUUGCAAGAGCGUAAUGGUGGUUGCAACCCCAGUAGAAGACUCACCAAAUGACCAACAACCGCAGCAUGUGUGAUAAGUAGGAACAGGUUAUACUUCUUUCGCAUCCUACCCUGGACCGCAACGAACGCAGCCAAGAUGAAGAUGUCAAAACUCUCCAAUCAGACCAACUCCCAGGACCCGCAGGCGGUGAACUCGCGCGUCUUCGUCGGCAACUUGAACACUUUUCAGUGCUCCAAGACGGACGUGGAGCGCAUGUUUCAGCGCUACGGACGGUUGGCGGGAAUUUCCAUGCAUAAAGGAUACGCGUUUGUACAGUUCACUAAUCCAUUCGAUGCCCGGAACGCUUGCCACGGUGAGGAUGGACGAACGGUGCUGAGUCAAACUUUAGAUGUGAAUAUGGUUGCGGAACCUAAACCACAUCAAACCGGUCGGAAACGGCAAAACAAAUCCAAAACCGGAAACGAUUGGGAUUACUACUACGACAGCUACUACGCGUCAACACUGUUUGGGCCGCUACAGCAGCAACCAAACGCACAGCCAAGGCCUCUCAAGCGCCAACGGUUGAUGGCACCGAACCGGAUGGGAAUGACGCCGAAAAUGAACGGUGCUGGACCGAUCCUUGCGCACAGCCACGCACAACAACAGCAGCAGCAACAGCAACAGCAAGUGCUCUCCCAACAACAGCAGCAGCAGCAACAACAGCAGCAACAGCAACAACAAAUGCAUCUCGUAGCACAUUCGCAACAGCUUCAGCAACAAAUGCAAGCCGUGGCAACGGCAAGCCCUGUGCCGGGGGGAGCCUGCAGUUUGGGCGGCUACUACACCACCCCGGUCGGUGGUAACAUUGGCUCGAGCAACGGUGUGCCGAUGCAGGUGCCGAACGGGUGCAUCGGGACGAAUGGUUACAUCAACAACAACAACUGCUUGCUGAACGGAACGGAACUGAGCGGUGGUGGUGGAGGUGUUGUUGGCGGCGCGGGCUGCAACAUGUCAAGCAACAUGUCAAGCUACACCAACGGCCAGCACGUGGUUGGACCGUUCAAAACUUACAGUAAUCCCGACACACUCAUCUGCGGCAACUGCCGGGAGCUGUUCACCGACCUGACGGAGCUGCUGGAUCACAAGCGCAGCUACUGCAAGCUUCGAUUUACCUGCAAGUGUCUCAGUACCUCACCGGUGCAGAAAACUUAUCCCAAUCCGCAGGCUAAGCUGGUGUGUGUGGCGUGCAAGGAUUCGUUCUCCAAUCCCUGGGAUCUGAUGGUGCACGCGCAGGCCGCACACAUGGUAAACAUCUACGAGCUGGGCGAGAGCCCGUCGUCCGGCGAGGACGGGAAGGCGCUGGCGGUGGGAGGCGAUCGGACCGCCAACAGUACGCCCACGAUGCCUUGCUCGCCGCCCGCCCACGAGCAUGGCGUGAAGCUGAAUGGAAUCGGUGCGGUCAACAACCCGCUGGCGAACGGAAUUCACGAGCUUGAUGAUGAGAAGAAUGACCAUGCGGAGGAAACUCAUUCACAGGCGACGCCCAGCUCACCGGAAGCGGGCCUACAGACGGCCUCCUCCAGCGAGGACAUCUCUUCCAUGCACGAUUCGCCCAUCAUCAACGGUGUCAUCGGGAAGGUGGAACCGUCGGCCGGUCUGCUGGCGAACGGGUUUGCCGCCGCAAUGGACACCGGGCUGAAGGUGAACGGACCGGCCAGGGCGUGCAUUAUGUCCGCGCUGAGUAUAGACACUAAGUCUAACCAGGAGUCGGCACUGAAAAUGGUCUCCUCCACGAUGGGCAUAACGCUUACUAACGGGGCGGCUGUAACGGCCGUAACGCAGUAAAGCAUUUGUUGUAAGCGUUCUCGUAGCAGCUACUUUGUUUUGUACUUUGAUUUUCAUUCUUUUAUAGUUUAAAAGCUCGUUUUAGUUUGUUUAGAAAAGAUUUUUUUUAAUAUUUAUUAUCUCUUUCUUUUCUUUUAAAGCAUGUUAGGGUUAACAAUGUAUUAAGUAAGAAAUAUUUAUUACCAAGCAUUCUUCAGAAGCAUGUUUCUGUUGAGCCCCCGUUUCUUAGACGUAAUGAAACUCUAAAAAGCAACAACACAUCAACCGUUCUUCUAAUGAGAGAAACGAAAAGUAUUCUAUUAUCGUAGAUAGUAAGACAAACGUUUAUAUUGAGAAAAGAAACCAAAAGUAACAAAAUACACACCUACAAUGGGAAAAAAACAAAUAUAUGCAACAAAGCAGCAAACAUUAAACCAAAAAAACACACACAAACACAUAGUAAAUAAAGCGAAUGUGCGUUACUAACGGUGGAUUUACGAACAAAAGCUGACAGGCAAACAGGCUGCUUAAAGCACACAUACACUGAAACACACACAUGUACGUAACACUAAACACUAAAUACGGUUAUCGUCUUAACGGGAAGAAUUUGCCUGCAGUAUAAACGUGUUUCAAAUCAGUGUAGAGAAGGAGAGAGAGAGAGAGAGAGAGAGAGAGAGAGAGAGAGGGGGGGGGUGCAAAACAGAACAGCAAAAACAUUUCAAAAUCUCCAACGUAAAACCGUAAAACACGGACACGAUAAAUGAAUACAAAACAAUGAGAGCUUAUGGGUAUGAUUUAUGUUUAUAAACUGCACUGCACAAAGCAGGCGAGGUAAGAAAAAAGGGUUUUCGGCAGGCGAAAGAUGUUCGUUUCACCGUUGCGGCUUUGCGCUCGAACGUGCACGUUUGGUAGUUUGGCUCAACCGAAAAGGGGAAGCUUGCGCAACCAAGAGAGAGAAGGAGAAAUAAAUCUCUGCUUUAGUUACCAAAACAACACCCAUUGUUGAUUAGAUAAUGCCUGCCGGUUUGGCGGGAUUUCACACAAGCAAAGUCGCUUGCCUCCGUUUUCGUCGCUACAAACAAACAAAGCAGCAAACAUAAGGAAGGAAUAGCGUAACAACGGAAGCAAGGGGUAGCUAGGAUUUGACUAGAAAACAUAAAACCCUUCCACAAACACACAGACAAAACAGGUUUGUCGUCUGUUGAGAUAACCCGGAAGUGCUGGUGCGAAGAUCCUUUUUUGCACAAAUCGGCAAAAAUCCACCGUCAAGAUGUGAGGCUUACACACAUGUACAUAUCAACCGCUUCAAACGCGUACCACAGAAAAAAACGACACAAAAGUGCAUAAUAGUCGGUACGUGACGGUGGCGUGAAAUAGGCCACAAGCAGAACGUUAAACGGAACAGGCGGAUUGAACAUGAAACAGGUUUAAAUUAACACUCCCCGAUAAGUAUCGAACGUUUCUUCCCGCGCGUUACUCCUGUUACUAUGGUAUUUUGUUGUAAAGCAGAGCAAAGGAAACCCGCAUUGAACAUAAUCAAACGUCCUCCACCCUUAUCAAAGCAACCCUUGCAGAGCUGCGUGUGCGGAGCGUAUGUGUGCGUUGUCCCGAUCCCAAAGUUUUACGUUGAAUUGUUGUUAGCCCCUGAAUUACACAGUACACAACAAAAUAAAACAACACACAUUUAACAGAGGCGACGAGCUAGUUCAUACUGGAUGUAGUGUUAAGAAAAAUGUUAAACCAAUAUUUAGUUCACAAUAAACAUGAGCAUGAUUUCUCCGGCUAUGGAGAUUGUCUAGUA